CAAGGCGUGAGCUCACUGCAGCAAGGCGUGAGCUCACUGCAGCAACGCGUGAGCUCACUGCAGCAAGGCGUGAGCUCACUGCAGCAAGGCGUGAGCUCACUGCAGCAAGGCGUGAGCUCACUGCAGCAACGCGUGAGCUCACUGCAGCAAGGCGUGAGCUCACUGCAGCAACGCGUGAGCUCACUGCAGCAAGGCGUGAGCUCACUGCAGCAAGGCGUGAGCUCACUGCAGCAAGGCGUGAGCUCACUGCAGCAACGCGUGAGCUCACUGCAGCAAGGCGUGAGCUCACUGCAGCAACGCGUGAGCUCACUGCAGCAAGGCGUGAGCUCACUGCAGCAACGCGUGAGCUCACUGCAGCAACGCGUGAGCUCACUGCAGCAACGCGUGAGCUCACUGCAGCAAGGCGUGAGCUCACUGCAGCAAGGCGUGAGCUCACUGCAGCAAGGCGUGAGCUCACUGCAGCAAGGCGUGAGCUCACUGCAGCAAGGCGUGAGCUCACUGCAGCAAGGCGUGAGCUCACUGCAGCAAGGCGUGAGCAAACGCGUGAGCUCACUGCAGCAACGCGUGAGCUCACUGCAGCAACGCGUGAGCUCACUGCAGCAACGCGUGAGCUCACUGCAGCAACGCGUGAGCUCACUGCAGCAACGCGUGAGCUCACUGCAGCAACGCGUGAGCUCACUGCAGCAACGCGUGAGCUCACUGCAGCAAGGCGUGAGCUCACUGCAGCAACGCGUGAGCUCACUGCAGCAAGGCGUGAGCUCACUGCAGCAAGGCGUGAGCUCACUGCAGCAACGCGUGAGCUCACUGCAGCAACGCGUGAGCUCACUGCAGCAAGGCGUGAGCUCACUGCAAGCAAGCGUGAGCUCACUGCAGCAACGCGUGAGCUCACUGCAGCAAGGCGUGAGCUCACUGCAGCAACGCGUGAGCUCACUGCAGCAACGCGUGAGCUCACUGCAGCAAGGCGUGAGCUCACUGCAGCAACGCGUGAGCUCACUGCAGCAACGCGUGAGCUCACUGCAGCAACGCGUGAGCUCACUGCAGCAAGGCGUGAGCUCACUGCAGCAAGGCGUGAGCUCACUGCAGCAAGGCGUGAGCUCACUGCAGCAAGGCGUGAGCUCACUGCAGCAAGGCGUGAGCUCACUGCAGCAAGGCGUGAGCUCACUGCAGCAAGGCGUGAGCUCACUGCAGCAAGGCGUGAGCUCACUGCAGCAAGGCGUGAGCUCACUGCAGCAAGGCGUGAGCUCACUGCAGCAAGGCGUGAGCUCACUGCAGCAAGGCGUGAGCUCACUGCAGCAAGGCGUGAGCUCACUGCAGCAAGGCGUGAGCUCACUGCAGCAACGCGUGAGCUCACUGCAGCAAGGCGUGAGCUCACUGCAGCAACGCGUGAGCUCACUGCAGCAAGGCGUGAGCUCACUGCAGCAAGGCGUGAGCUCACUGCAGCAAGGCGUGAGCUCACUGCAGCAACGCGUGAGCUCACUGCAGCAAGGCGUGAGCUCACUGCAGCAACGCGUGAGCUCACUGCAGCAAGGCGUGAGCUCACUGCAGCAACGCGUGAGCUCACUGCAGCAAGGCGUGAGCUCACUGCAGCAACGCGUGAGCUCACUGCAGCAAGGCGUGAGCUCACUGCAGCAACGCGUGAGCUCACUGCAGCAACGCGUGAGCUCACUGCAGCAAGGCGUGAGCUCACUGCAGCAAGGCGUGAGCUCACUGCAGCAAGGCGUGAGCUCACUGCAGCAAGGCGUGAGCUCACUGCAGCAACGCGUGAGCUCACUGCAGCAACGCGUGAGCUCACUGCAGCAACGCGUGAGCUCACUGCAGCAACGCGUGAGCUCACUGCAGCAACGCGUGAGCUCACUGCAGCAAGGCGUGAGCUCACUGCAGCAACGCGUGAGCUCACUGCAGCAACGCGUGAGCUCACUGCAGCAAGGCGUGAGCUCACUGCAGCAAGGCGUGAGCUCACUGCAGCAAGGCGUGAGCUCACUGCAGCAAGGCGUGAGCUCACUGCAGCAACGCGUGAGCUCACUGCAGCAAGGCGUGAGCUCACUGCAGCAACGCGUGAGCUCACUGCAGCAACGCGUGAGCUCACUGCAGCAAGGCGUGAGCUCACUGCAGCAAGGCGUGAGCUCACUGCAGCAAGGCGUGAGCUCACUGCAGCAAGGCGUGAGCUCACUGCAGCAAGGCGUGAGCUCACUGCAGCAACGCGUGAGCUCACUGCAGCAAGGCGUGAGCUCACUGCAGCAAGGCGUGAGCUCACUGCAGCAACGCGUGAGCUCACUGCAGCAAGGCGUGAGCUCACUGCAGCAAGGCGUGAGCUCACUGCAGCAAGGCGUGAGCUCACUGCAGCAAGGCGUGAGCUCACUGCAGCAAGGCGUGAGCUCACUGCAGCAAGGCGUGAGCUCACUGCAGCAACGCGUGAGCUCACUGCAGCAAGGCGUGAGCUCACUGCAGCAAGGCGUGAGCUCACUGCAGCAACGCGUGAGCUCACUGCAGCAACGCGUGAGCUCACUGCAGCAACGCGUGAGCUCACUGCAGCAAGGCGUGAGCUCACUGCAGCAAGGCGUGAGCUCACUGCAGCAACGCGUGAGCUCACUGCAGCAACGCGUGAGCUCACUGCAGCAAGGCGUGAGCUCACUGCAGCAACGCGUGAGCUCACUGCAGCAACGCGUGAGCUCACUGCAGCAACGCGUGAGCUCACUGCAGCAACGCGUGAGCUCACUGCAGCAAGGCGUGAGCUCACUGCAGCAAGGCGUGAGCUCACUGCAGCAACGCGUGAGCUCACUGCAGCAAGGCGUGAGCUCACUGCAGCAAGGCGUGAGCUCACUGCAGCAAGGCGUGAGCUCACUGCAGCAACGCGUGAGCUCACUGCAGCAACAAGUGAGCUCACUGCAGCAACGCGUGAGCUCACUGCAGCAACGCGUGAGCUCACUGCAGCAACGCGUGAGCUCACUGCAGCAAGGCGUGAGCUCACUGCAGCAACGCGUGAGCUCACUGCAGCAACGCGUGAGCUCACUGCAGCAACGCGUGAGCUCACUGCAGCAACGCGUGAGCUCACUGCAGCAACGCGUGAGCUCACUGCAGCAACGCGUGAGCUCACUGCAGCAAGGCGUGAGCUCACUGCAGCAACGCGUGAGCUCACUGCAGCAAGGCGUGAGCUCACUGCAGCAAGGCGUGAGCUCACUGCAGCAACGCAUGAGCUCACUGCAGCAAGGCGUGAGCUCACUGCAGCAACGCGUGAGCUCACUGCAGCAAGGCGUGAGCUCACUGCAGCAAGGCGUGAGCUCACUGCAGCAAGGCGUGAGCUCACUGCAGCAAGGCGUGAGCUCACUGCAGCAACGCGUGAGCUCACUGCAGCAAGGCGUGAGCUCACUGCAGCAACGCGUGAGCUCACUGCAGCAAGGCGUGAGCUCACUGCAGCAAGGCGUGAGCUCACUGCAGCAAGGCGUGAGCUCACUGCAGCAAGGCGUGAGCUCACUGCAGCAACGCGUGAGCUCACUGCAGCAACGCGUGAGCUCACUGCAGCAAGGCGUGAGCUCACUGCAGCAAGGCGUGAGCUCACUGCAGCAAGGCGUGAGCUCACUGCAGCAAGGCGUGAGCUCACUGCAGCAACGCGUGAGCUCACUGCAGCAAGGCGUGAGCUCACUGCAGCAAGGCGUGAGCUCACUGCAGCAAGGCGUGAGCUCACUGCAGCAAUGCGUGAGCUCACUGCAGCAAGGCGUGAGCUCACUGCAGCAAGGCGUGAGCUCACUGCAGCAACGCGUGAGCUCACUGCAGCAAGGCGUGAGCUCACUGCAGCAAGGCGUGAGCUCACUGCAGCAACGCGUGAGCUCACUGCAGCAAGGCGUGAGCUCACUGCAGCAACGCGUGAGCUCACUGCAGCAAGGCGUGAGCUCACUGCAGCAACGCGUGAGCUCACUGCAGCAACGCGUGAGCUCACUGCAGCAACGCGUGAGCUCACUGCAGCAACGCGUGAGCUCACUGCAGCAAGGCGUGAGCUCACUGCAGCAAGGCGUGAGCUCACUGCAGCAAGGCGUGAGCUCACUGCAGCAAGGCGUGAGCUCACUGCAGCAAUGCGUGAGCUCACUGCAGCAACGCGUGAGCUCACUGCAGCAAGGCGUGAGCUCACUGCAGCAAGGCGUGAGCUCACUGCAGCAACGCGUGAGCUCACUGCAGCAACGCGUGAGCUCACUGCAGCAAGGCGUGAGCUCACUGCAGCAACGCGUGAGCUCACUGCAGCAAGGCGUGAGCUCACUGCAGCAAGGCGUGAGCUCACUGCAGCAAGGCGUGAGCUCACUGCAGCAACGCGUGAGCUCACUGCAGCAACGCAUGAGCUCACUGCAGCAAGGCGUGAGCUCACUGCAGCAACGCGUGAGCUCACUGCAGCAAGGCGUGAGCUCACUGCAGCAACGCGUGAGCUCACUGCAGCAACGCGUGAGCUCACUGCAGCAACGCGUGAGCUCACUGCAGCAAGGCGUGAGCUCACUGCAGCAAGGCGUGAGCUCACUGCAGCAAGGCGUGAGCUCACUGCAGCAACGCGUGAGCUCACUGCAGCAAGGCGUGAGCUCACUGCAGCAAGGCGUGAGCUCACUGCAGCAACGCGUGAGCUCACUGCAGCAAGGCGUGAGCUCACUGCAGCAACGCGUGAGCUCACUGCAGCAAGGCGUGAGCUCACUGCAGCAAGGCGUGAGCUCACUGCAGCAACGCGUGAGCUCACUGCAGCAACGCGUGAGCUCACUGCAGCAACGCGUGAGCUCACUGCAGCAACGCGUGAGCUCACUGCAGCAACGCGUGAGCUCACUGCAGCAAGGCGUGAGCUCACUGCAGCAACGCGUGAGCUCACUGCAGCAAGGCGUGAGCUCACUGCAGCAAGGCGUGAGCUCACUGCAGCAAGGCGUGAGCUCACUGCAGCAACGCGUGAGCUCACUGCAGCAACGCGUGAGCUCACUGCAGCAACGCGUGAGCUCACUGCAGCAAGGCGUGAGCUCACUGCAGCAACGCGUGAGCUCACUGCAGCAAGGCGUGAGCUCACUGCAGCAACGCGUGAGCUCACUGCAGCAAGGCGUGAGCUCACUGCAGCAAGGCGUGAGCUCACUGCAGCAAGGCGUGAGCUCACUGCAGCAAGGCGUGAGCUCACUGCAGCAAGGCGUGAGCUCACUGCAGCAAGGCGUGAGCUCACUGCAGCAACGCGUGAGCUCACUGCAGCAAGGCGUGAGCUCACUGCAGCAAGGCGUGAGCUCACUGCAGCAAGGCGUGAGCUCACUGCAGCAAGGCGUGAGCUCACUGCAGCAACGCGUGAGCUCACUGCAGCAAGGCGUGAGCUCACUGCAGCAACGCGUGAGCUCACUGCAGCAAGGCGUGAGCUCACUGCAGCAACGCGUGAGCUCACUGCAGCAAGGCGUGAGCUCACUGCAGCAACGCGUGAGCUCACUGCAGCAAGGCGUGAGCUCACUGCAGCAAGGCGUGAGCUCACUGCAGCAACGCGUGAGCUCACUGCAGCAAGGCGUGAGCUCACUGCAGCAAGGCGUGAGCUCACUGCAGCAACGCGUGAGCUCACUGCAGCAAGGCGUGAGCUCACUGCAGCAAGGCGUGAGCUCACUGCAGCAACGCGUGAGCUCACUGCAGCAACGCGUGAGCUCACUGCAGCAACGCGUGAGCUCACUGCAGCAAGGCGUGAGCUCACUGCAGCAAGGCGUGAGCUCACUGCAGCAACGCGUGAGCUCACUGCAGCAAGGCGUGAGCUCACUGCAGCAAGGCGUGAGCUCACUGCAGCAACGCGUGAGCUCACUGCAGCAAGGCGUGAGCUCACUGCAGCAACGCGUGAGCUCACUGCAGCAAGGCGUGAGCUCACUGCAGCAACGCGUGAGCUCACUGCAGCAAGGCGUGAGCUCACUGCAGCAAGGCGUGAGCUCACUGCAGCAACGCGUGAGCUCACUGCAGCAAGGCGUGAGCUCACUGCAGCAACGCGUGAGCUCACUGCAGCAAGGCGUGAGCUCACUGCAGCAACGCGUGAGCUCACUGCAGCAAGGCGUGAGCUCACUGCAGCAACGCGUGAGCUCACUGCAGCAACGCGUGAGCUCACUGCAGCAACGCGUGAGCUCACUGCAGCAAGGCGUGAGCUCACUGCAGCAAGGCGUGAGCUCACUGCAGCAAGGCGUGAGCUCACUGCAGCAAGGCGUGAGCUCACUGCAGCAACGCGUGAGCUCACUGCAGCAAGGCGUGAGCUCACUGCAGCAAGGCGUGAGCUCACUGCAGCAACGCGUGAGCUCACUGCAGCAACGCGUGAGCUCACUGCAGCAAGGCGUGAGCUCACUGCAGCAAGGCGUGAGCUCACUGCAGCAAGGCGUGAGCUCACUGCAGCAAGGCGUGAGCUCACUGCAGCAACGCGUGAGCUCACUGCAGCAAGGCGUGAGCUCACUGCAGCAACGCGUGAGCUCACUGCAGCAAGGCGUGAGCUCACUGCAGCAACGCGUGAGCUCACUGCAGCAAGGCGUGAGCUCACUGCAGCAACGCGUGAGCUCACUGCAGCAAGGCGUGAGCUCACUGCAGCAAGGCGUGAGCUCACUGCAGCAAGGCGUGAGCUCACUGCAGCAACGCGUGAGCUCACUGCAGCAACGCGUGAGCUCACUGCAGCAAGGCGUGAGCUCACUGCAGCAACGCGUGAGCUCACUGCAGCAACGCGUGAGCUCACUGCAGCAAGGCGUGAGCUCACUGCAGCAACGCAUGAGCUCACUGCAGCAAGGCGUGAGCUCACUGCAGCAAGGCGUGAGCUCACUGCAGCAAGGCGUGAGCUCACUGCAGCAACGCGUGAGCUCACUGCAGCAAGGAGUGAGCUCACUGCAGCAACGCGUGAGCUCACUGCAGCAACGCGUGAGCUCACUGCAGCAACGCGUGAGCUCACUGCAGCAAGGCGUGAGCUCACUGCAGCAACGCGUGAGCUCACUGCAGCAACGCGUGAGCUCACUGCAGCAACGCGUGAGCUCACUGCAGCAAGGCGUGAGCUCACUGCAGCAACGCGUGAGCUCACUGCAGCAAGGCGUGAGCUCACUGCAGCAACGCGUGAGCUCACUGCAGCAAGGCGUGAGCUCACUGCAGCAAGGCGUGAGCUCACUGCAGCAAGGCGUGAGCUCACUGCAGCAAGGCGUGAGCUCACUGCAGCAACGCGUGAGCUCACUGCAGCAAGGCGUGAGCUCACUGCAGCAAGGCGUGAGCUCACUGCAGCAACGCGUGAGCUCACUGCAGCAAGGCGUGAGCUCACUGCAGCAACGCGUGAGCUCACUGCAGCAAGGCGUGAGCUCACUGCAGCAAGGCGUGAGCUCACUGCAGCAAGGCGUGAGCUCACUGCAGCAAGGCGUGAGCUCACUGCAGCAAUGCGUGAGCUCACUGCAGCAACGCGUGAGCUCACUGCAGCAAGGCGUGAGCUCACUGCAGCAAGGCGUGAGCUCACUGCAGCAAGGCGUGAGCUCACUGCAGCAACGCAUGAGCUCACUGCAGCAACGCGUGAGCUCACUGCAGCAAGGCGUGAGCUCACUGCAGCAAGGCGUGAGCUCACUGCAGCAAGGCGUGAGCUCACUGCAGCAAGGCGUGAGCUCACUGCAGCAACGCGUGAGCUCACUGCAGCAAGGCGUGAGCUCACUGCAGCAACGCGUGAGCUCACUGCAGCAAGGCGUGAGCUCACUGCAGCAACGCGUGAGCUCACUGCAGCAACGCGUGAGCUCACUGCAGCAACGCGUGAGCUCACUGCAGCAACGCGUGAGCUCAUUGCAGCAAGGCGUGAGCUCACUGCAGCAAGGCGUGAGCUCACUGCAGCAAGGCGUGAGCUCACUGCAGCAAGGCGUGAGCUCACUGCAGCAAGGCGUGAGCUCACUGCAGCAACGCGUGAGCUCACUGCAGCAAGGCGUGAGCUCACUGCAGCAAGGCGUGAGCUCACUGCAGCAACGCGUGAGCUCACUGCAGCAACGCGUGAGCUCACUGCAGCAAGGCGUGAGCUCACUGCAGCAACGCGUGAGCUCACUGCAGCAAGGCGUGAGCUCACUGCAGCAAGGCGUGAGCUCACUGCAGCAAGGCGUGAGCUCACUGCAGCAACGCGUGAGCUCACUGCAGCAACGCGUGAGCUCACUGCAGCAAGGCGUGAGCUCACUGCAGCAACGCGUGAGCUCACUGCAGCAAGGCGUGAGCUCACUGCAGCAACGCGUGAGCUCACUGCAGCAACGCGUGAGCUCACUGCAGCAACGCGUGAGCUCACUGCAGCAACGCGUGAGCUCACUGCAGCAACGCGUGAGCUCACUGCAGCAAGGCGUGAGCUCACUGCAGCAACGCGUGAGCUCACUGCAGCAAGGCGUGAGCUCACUGCAGCAACGCGUGAGCUCACUGCAGCAACGCGUGAGCUCACUGCAGCAAGGCGUGAGCUCACUGCAGCAAGGCGUGAGCUCACUGCAGCAACGCGUGAGCUCACUGCAGCAACGCGUGAGCUCACUGCAGCAAGGCGUGAGCUCACUGCAGCAAGGCGUGAGCUCACUGCAGCAAGGCGUGAGCUCACUGCAGCAACGCGUGAGCUCACUGCAGCAACGCGUGAGCUCACUGCAGCAACGCGUGAGCUCACUGCAGCAACGCGUGAGCUCACUGCAGCAACGCGUGAGCUCACUGCAGCAACGCGUGAGCUCACUGCAGCAACGCGUGAGCUCACUGCAGCAACGCGUGAGCUCACUGCAGCAAGGCGUGAGCUCACUGCAGCAAGGCGUGAGCUCACUGCAGCAAGGCGUGAGCUCACUGCAGCAAGGCGUGAGCUCACUGCAGCAACGCGUGAGCUCACUGCAGCAACGCGUGAGCUCACUGCAGCAACGCGUGAGCUCACUGCAGCAACGCGUGAGCUCACUGCAGCAACGCGUGAGCUCACUGCAGCAACGCGUGAGCUCACUGCAGCAACGCGUGAGCUCACUGCAGCAACGCGUGAGCUCACUGCAGCAAGGCGUGAGCUCACUGCAGCAAGGCGUGAGCUCACUGCAGCAAGGCGUGAGCUCACUGCAGCAAGGCGUGAGCUCACUGCAGCAAGGCGUGAGCUCACUGCAGCAAGGCGUGAGCUCACUGCAGCAAGGCGUGAGCUCACUGCAGCAAGGCGUGAGCUCACUGCAGCAAGGCGUGAGCUCACUGCAGCAAGGCGUGAGCUCACUGCAGCAACGCGUGAGCUCACUGCAGCAAGGCGUGAGCUCACUGCAGCAACGCGUGAGCUCACUGCAGCAACGCGUGAGCUCACUGCAGCAAGGCGUGAGCUCACUGCAGCAACGCGUGAGCUCACUGCAGCAAGGCGUGAGCUCACUGCAGCAACGCGUGAGCUCACUGCAGCAAGGCGUGAGCUCACUGCAGCAAGGCGUGAGCUCACUGCAGCAAGGCGUGAGCUCACUGCAGCAAGGCGUGAGCUCACUGCAGCAAUGCGUGAGCUCACUGCAGCAACGCGUGAGCUCACUGCAGCAAGGCGUGAGCUCACUGCAGCAAGGCGUGAGCUCACUGCAGCAAGGCGUGAGCUCACUGCAGCAAGGCGUGAGCUCACUGCAGCAACGCGUGAGCUCACUGCAGCAAGGCGUGAGCUCACUGCAGCAAGGCGUGAGCUCACUGCAGCAACGCGUGAGCUCACUGCAGCAAGGCGUGAGCUCACUGCAGCAACGCGUGAGCUCACUGCAGCAAGGCGUGAGCUCACUGCAGCAAGGCGUGAGCUCACUGCAGCAACGCGUGAGCUCACUGCAGCAAGGCGUGAGCUCACUGCAGCAACGCGUGAGCUCACUGCAGCAACGCGUGAGCUCACUGCAGCAAGGCGUGAGCUCACUGCAGCAAGGCGUGAGCUCACUGCAGCAACGCGUGAGCUCACUGCAGCAACGCGUGAGCUCACUGCAGCAACGCGUGAGCUCACUGCAGCAACGCGUGAGCUCACUGCAGCAAGGCGUGAGCUCACUGCAGCAAGGCGUGAGCUCACUGCAGCAACGCGUGAGCUCACUGCAGCAACGCGUGAGCUCACUGCAGCAAGGCGUGAGCUCACUGCAGCAACGCGUGAGCUCACUGCAGCAAGGCGUGAGCUCACUGCAGCAAGGCGUGAGCUCACUGCAGCAACGCGUGAGCUCACUGCAGCAACGCGUGAGCUCACUGCAGCAAGGCGUGAGCUCACUGCAGCAAGGCGUGAGCUCACUGCAGCAAGGCGUGAGCUCACUGCAGCAAGGCGUGAGCUCACUGCAGCAACGCGUGAGCUCACUGCAGCAAGGCGUGAGCUCACUGCAGCAAGGCGUGAGCUCACUGCAGCAACGCGUGAGCUCACUGCAGCAACGCGUGAGCUCACUGCAGCAACGCGUGAGCUCACUGCAGCAACGCGUGAGCUCACUGCAGCAAGGCGUGAGCUCACUGCAGCAAGGCGUGAGCUCACUGCAGCAACGCGUGAGCUCACUGCAGCAACGCGUGAGCUCACUGCAGCAACGCGUGAGCUCACUGCAGCAACGUGUGAGCUCACUGCAGCAACGCGUGAGCUCACUGCAGCAAGGCGUGAGCUCACUGCAGCAACGCGUGAGCUCACUGCAGCAAGGCGUGAGCUCACUGCAGCAAGGCGUGAGCUCACUGCAGCAAUGCGUGAGCUCACUGCAGCAAGGCGUGAGCUCACUGCAGCAAGGCGUGAGCUCACUGCAGCAAGGCGUGAGCUCACUGCAGCAACGCGUGAGCUCACUGCAGCAAGGCGUGAGCUCACUGCAGCAACGCGUGAGCUCACUGCAGCAACGCGUGAGCUCACUGCAGCAAGGCGUGAGCUCACUGCAGCAAGGCGUGAGCUCACUGCAGCAAUGCGUGAGCUCACUGCAGCAACGCGUGAGCUCACUGCAGCAAGGCGUGAGCUCACUGCAGCAACGCGUGAGCUCACUGCAGCAACGCGUGAGCUCACUGCAGCAACGCGUGAGCUCACUGCAGCAAGGCGUGAGCUCACUGCAGCAACGCGUGAGCUCACUGCAGCAAGGCGUGAGCUCACUGCAGCAACGCGUGAGCUCACUGCAGCAAGGCGUGAGCUCACUGCAGCAAGGCGUGAGCUCACUGCAGCAAGGCGUGAGCUCACUGCAGCAAGGCGUGAGCUCACUGCAGCAAGGCGUGAGCUCACUGCAGCAAGGCGUGAGCUCACUGCAGCAAGGCGUGAGCUCACUGCAGCAACGCGUGAGCUCACUGCAGCAAGGCGUGAGCUCACUGCAGCAACGCGUGAGCUCACUGCAGCAACAAGUGAGCUCACUGCAGCAACGCGUGAGCUCACUGCAGCAAUGCGUGAGCGUGCGCAACGAUUUGACAGCGCACUGCCGCAACAAGGCUGCCGCAGGAAUUUGCCAGCGCCGCAAAAAUGGCAGCAGCGCACAAGCCGCCAGCACGCAACAACGUGCCAGCGAGCUGCGAGGGCACCUGCAAGGCGCCAAACAUAA